GGUGCAACAGGGGUUUCCAGCACGGUCUAUAAAAAGCACCGUCUCUCUGUCCACCUGUCACGUUGACGGCCUCCCACAGCUGAGAAGAGCCACCGAGAAAGCAGGCAAAGGGCUGGAAGAAGGAGAGUGGACUUAGCCACCUAGCCCCAUCGUUCCCAGCCGGUACGAAGAAAGGCAGGAAAGACGGGAACGACAAUCUCUCUGUUUUGCUUUGAAAGGAGUGGAGAAUGACGCGUCUCUCCUUCCCAACAUCCCUGGCGCUGUGUUGGAUGUGGCUGCUGGUGGGGGAUGUUCAGGUCUUUGCUUUCCCCCUCAAGAUCAGAAGAGACCUCUUCCCCGUCAAGGAGGUGCUGCUCAACAUGGCCCUGACCUCUUUCGAUGACCAGUACAAGGGCUGCGUGGAGCUGAUGGAAGCAGAACUGGCAGAGCUGAACCGCACGGAGUUUGUCGCCAACAGGGUCUACGCUGAAGCCUGGGCAGAGGCGGCCUCCAUGUGGAGGGAGAGAAAGGCCUCUUUCCUGGGGUCCUCCACCCUGAAACCGGAGCACGCCAUCGCCCUCAUGGCCUACACCGUCCAAGGCCGUUUCCACAAGGACUUCAACGCGGCUGUGAGGGAAGCCGGGCGCACCAGGGAUGACUAUCUCAACCGCUUCCCGUUCAAGACUUUCCAUUUUCUCCUGACGCGAGCCCUCCACCUCCUGGGCGUCACCGCUCAGCCUCGAUGUCACAAGGUGUAUCGCGGGGUCAGGAACGUCCGCUUCUCUUCCGAGCGCUCCAAGGCGGUCCGAUUCGGACAAUUCACCUCCUCCUCCCGGAGCAACGAGAGCGCCCUGAAGUUCGGCACAGACUCCUUCGUCACCAUUGAGACCUGCUACGGGGUCAACAUCCAGAAUUACUCCUUCUUCCCGAGCGAGGAAGAGGUCCUCAUCCCUCCCUUUGAGAAGUUCAGAGUGGUCAAUUUCACCAAGGGUCACGAGACCAACUUCAUCCAUCUUCUCUCGCUUGAAGAUGCCAGCAUCUACAACUGUCUGUUCGUGAAAGAGAAAACAUGCAAGACGCAGAGAUGCCCCUUCAGCACAGGUGGGAGUUGGAGCCCCUUCUCCGCUGAAGGCCGAGCCCUGCUCCUCCUCUGGGGUCCUCUCCUUGCCGUGGGGCUCCUUGGACCUCCGGGGCUCUUGUGAUUUAGCCCCACCCUUUCCUUGGGUCGCCUCUCCAGAAGCAGCAACAGAAGACGAGGCCGGUUGGCGUGGUCUCCAUGAGCGAUUCCUUGCUUGGUUUUACUCACCGUUUCAAUCAGGGGUGCCUGACCGUGGUAACUUCAAGACUUGUGGACUUCCACUCCCAGAAUUCCCCCAGCCAGUCGUGAAUGAUAGAGUGGGAAGAGACCAGAAGGAUCCCCUUCUCUGGUGUUUCUCAACCUUGACAAUGUUAAGACUUGUGGACUUCCACUCCCACAAUUCCUCAGCCAAUUGUGAAUGAUAGAGUGGGAAGAGACCAGAAGGAUCCCCUUGUCUGGUGUUUCUCAAUCUUGACAACGUUAAGACUUGUGGACUUCCACUCCCACAAUUCCUCAGGGAAUUCUGGGAGUGGAAGUCCGCAAGUCUUAAACGUUGCCAAGGUUGGACAUGCCUGCUUUAAAGCAUCCGUUGUGCUGCUUGUGCAAAUUAGGAAAUGGACAAAUUAGGAAAUGCCUUCAGAAGAGAUAAAAAUGGAAGCUUCACUGCCGUUCCCAGGAGAAACUUCAGAUGACCAUCACGAAAAUGGCUGUCUAGCUCAGUGGCCAGGCCUUAAUUCCCUUGAAGGAAUUUAGUACGGUGGUGUUCAUCACUCAGAGUUCAUGAUUUCUAAAUGAGAACUGAUAUUAACUGAUAUUGUGAUAUUUUGGCAAGACACUGAUGCAAAGGAACCCUGGAUGUUCUUGGAUGGCUCUGCUAAAUUAGCCUCUCUGAUCACGAUUGUGCAAUAAUUGUAUAUUUGAUUUGGAUACAGAAUUAACCCAUUUCCUAGAUUUGGGAACUCAAUGAACCCCAAACUAACCAAUCAGCCUAGAAUGGAAUGACACCCAGCAAAGGCAAGCCAAGGUUAACAGACCUGGUCCAGGUGUGUUGCCUGAACCCAACCACAGAAAUCUCCUGGGGGGUCCCUGGUGCUCUCUGAGCUGGGUGGUUUUCUUGCAGACAUUUCAUGACCCAGCUAGGGAACAUCAUCAAUGCUAGAAGGGAGGGAGGAGAAGGAAGA